AGUCCCUGCUCAUCCCUGCAGUCUCCCAUGGCAGGCCGGGUGUCCUCGACUGCUCCCCGGCUGCUGCUGACCCGGGUCCUUCUCUCUCUCUCUCUCUCUGCUCAGCGCCCUUCUUCCUGACAUGGAGCGUGGUCAACUCGGUGCACUGGGCCAACGGCUCGACGCAGGCGCUGCCGGCCACCACCAUCUUGCUGCUGCUGACGGUCUGGCUCCUGGUCGGCUUCCCCCUCACCGUCAUCGGGGGCAUCUUCGGCAAGAACCGGGCCGGCCCCUUCGACGCCCCCUGCCGCACCAAGAACAUCGCCCGGGAGAUCCCGCCCCAGCCCUGGUACAAGUCGACCCUGGUGCACAUGACCAUCGGGGGCUUCCUGCCUUUCAGUGCCAUUUCCGUGGAGCUGUACUACAUCUUUGCCACGGUGUGGGGCCGGGAGCAGUACACCCUCUACGGCAUCCUCUUCUUCGUCUUCGCCAUCCUCCUCAGCGUCGGGGCCUGCAUCUCCAUCGCCCUCACCUACUUCCAGCUGUCGGGUGAGGACUACCGCUGGUGGUGGCGGUCCGUGCUGAGCGCUGGCUCCACCGGCCUCUUCAUCUUCCUCUACUCCGUCUUCUACUACUCGCGGCGCUCCAACAUCCAAGUGGAUGCCAACCAGCUCCUGGCGUGCAUGAUGCAAACAAGCUUCCGUGUUCCCCAGCAGUGUUUGAGAGGAGAGCGGGCGGCUUCUGCCGGGCCCUGCGGCCCCCGGCUUGUUCCUGCUUCCUGGCUGAAGCACUGCCCCCCCAUUCAGAGGUAUUUCGGGCAUCCCUCAGAAAGUGCCACUUCGGAGCUGCAUUCUUUGCGUUUCCUUUCUCUUUAUGGCCGCAGUCACCUUAAAAUGAAUAACUCCAUUGUGCUCUUGCGUGUCUUACGUUCUGAGUAA